AUGGUUAAAAAUAUUAAAAAUUAUAAUAAAGGAAAUGAAGCAAUGGUAAAAGCUUGGAAUGAUUGGUUAAGUGGAACUAAUUUUUUGAUAAAGUAUAAACAUUUUUUGCUCAUUUUAUGUCUUGAUGAAAAUUUAUUAAACAAAAAAGAAAAUCUGUUUGAAGAAAGCGAAAAUUAUUGUCGUUUUAUUGAGAGUCGAAUCCGUUUAGAGUUAAUCUUUACGAUAGAAGAGGAUCAAGAACAAAUAAAAUAUACUCAUGCAACUAGUCAUGAAAAAUGUGUGCCAAAAGAAAUUAAAGAAAAAUAUGGGUAA